AUGCGAGAGAAUCCCCUGUUGAGAGACCUUCAGAGAGAGUUCAUGAAGAAGUACCCCCGGCAGAGGCAGCAAGAAUUUUCUACAUCAAUGAUCUACAUCGGCACCAUCGGCAUAGGCACGCCCCCUCAGAACUUCUCGGUGGCCUUUGACACAGGCUCCACAGACCUCUGGGUGCCCUCCAUCUACUGCCCGAGCCCUGCCUGCGUCAACCACCGCAAGUUCGACUCCUGACUCUCCUCCAGCUUCCUGAACUCCAGCCGCCCCAUGAACGUGGUCUACGGCGCGGGCGGUAUGUCCGGCAUCGUGGGCUAUAACAAUGUGCAGAUCUGGAAUCUCAUUGCCGUGAGCCAGGGAUUUGGUCUGAGCCUGGUGGAGCCAGGGUAUGAAUUUGUCCUUACAUCCUUCGAUAGCAUCCUGGGCCUGGCAUACCCUGGUCUUGCCACUGAAGGGACGACUCCCUUCUUUGACACCUUGUGGGAGCAAAACCUCAUCUCAGAAAAUGUCUUUGCCUUCUAUCUGAGCAGAGGAAUGAAGGAGGGCAGCACUGUGAUGCUCGGCGGGGUGGACCACUCCUACUACACCGGGGAACUGCACUGGAUCCCCGUGACCAGGCGCCAGUUCUGGCAGAUCACUGUGGACAGCGUCUCCAUGAACGGGAAGGUAGUGGCCUGUCACGGUGGCUGCCAGGCCAUACUGGACACAGGCACAUCCCUGCUGUUUGGCCCACAGAGAGACAUCUGGAACAUCCACAGCAUCCUCCAGGCCCAGCAGAUCUCCGCCCACAGGGUCACCAUCCCCUGUGACAACAAGAACACUAUGCCCGACCUGGUCUUCACCAUCAACCGUGUCAACUACUCAGUGCCGGCCAGCGCCUACCUGCGUCCGGACACAAACUACUACUACUACUACUAUUCUAUAGCCAUCCCUGAAAUAGAAGUGGGCCGGGCAGACGGCAUGAGGGGCAACAGAUGGAACUCCUACUUCAGCAACCUUGACUGGAUGGGGCAGGGCUGGUACCAAAACGAGCCCUGGACCCUGGGAGAUGUCUUCCUGCGCCUCUACUUCUCUGUCUUUGACCAGGGGAACAACAGGGUCGGCCUGGCAACGGCAGUCUAA